AUGGAAUUUAAGUUUAGUAUUUAACUAUUUUUUCGCAGUAAGUUAACAGAGCUCUUGCCAUAAGCUUUCGCAUUACCGCCCGUAAUAUUACGUAGCAUCAAAAUGACGAUAGAUUUAAUUCUUCCACUAAGCAUUAAAGAGGUGUUCUCCUGGAUCAUCGACUGCGCGCCGCUUUAAGAGCUGUGCUAAUAGAUACGAACGCAAGUCCUGUUGAACUCUGGCAAAACACUAGACAUAUAACGAAAAAGAAAGACUCAAACGGGAAAGACUGGCGAGAUCAAAUACACCAGACAAAGGCUUUAGAUUUAAUAUAAUACAACGAAAGUUCUGGCUUAAAAGGUGUGCUUCAACCGACAACCGUGUGAAACGUAUUACAUCAGUUUCACCUUACCAUUUUCCGUGGACGUAAGAACACAAAAUUUAUCAAUGUUUACUCCUAUAAAACAAUAAUAGUCUUCUACAUUGUAUAAUAGAAAAUUACAACAUCAAAAUUCCUUUGUGUUGUGCUGCACGGAAACGUAUAAACUGUAAUUACGAAACAGAAACAUGGAAGCUUUCCUCAUCUCAUACAGGUUGUAAAAUUGUUCAUGUUUUCGUUGUUUGGCCAAUUCAAGUGCAUUUAAUAGUUGCUAUAAGCGAUUCAGACUCUUCAAGGUCUGCUGAGAACAUUCUUUUCAUUGAGCGCUCGAUAAUGGCCGCGGCUUCCAUCUCAAUAGAUUGCUGUUCUUUCUCAAUUCUUGGAUUUAACUUAUCUACGGUAUGACGUCGAACAAGCCACUUUUCUUUCUUUCUUUCUUUUUCGUGGCUUUCCUGACUCAAAAGUAUGAUAAUCAACCAUGAAAAUUAUUUAGUUCAUUUAUUUUUCUUUUAAUAAUUCCCCUCAGCACAAGUCUGGCCUUGCUUGAUAUUAGUUUGAGGCAUUGACCAGUUUCCUAAUUGCUUGAUUUGUUGUCAUAACAUUCCGCGCUAUCGGUUGUUAGAAUAAAAGACAAGCAAUAGGCAAAUAUAUUUAAAUGAAACCGCCUCGAGCCGCCAUCCUGUUCACGGCAUAACGAUAAUGUCCAGUUUUCUGUUUUCCGAUCAUCGGAAGGGAGCCUCUAAACGAAGAUAAAAGAAUAACAAAUUCCAGAUUCAGUACCUAACUGUGGCUUCGCGAUGACACCGCCAAUACGACAACAUGAACGGGGAGUAAAAGACAGCAUGGCCAACAAUUACCGCUACCGCAUAGGAAAGAAAGAAAUGUGAGAUGGGACAUACCGAAAACUUUAUAUGAUAGCGCCAAUUUUUUAAGGCCCACUGUAUAUAUGUGUUUUGUGGCCAAACAUACUCCACAGAACGUUCCCACCGAAGAAACAUCAGCACUAGUUUGCCAAAUCGAAUGAUUUGCGACCAAAACGAAGAGCCUUCCAAAACUCAAUGUCGCGAGUAGCGUAGUUUGCUGAACAUGAAUUCAAGCCCCUGCAAUAAAGGUUACAAGCGUGUUACACGUAAUGUACAUUUUAGCAGGACUGCAUCACGAGAUUAAUCCUGAAUGUAACGCCAUAUCAAGAAACAAAAUGAUACUGAAUACAGGUGGAAAAACAUCUUAGAGGAGCACAGCUACUUUCAAACCGUACCCUUGUAAAUCUGUACUAGUUAUAGUAAGUAAUUAUGACUGGCCUUCUUCAACUCCUUUGCUCGAUGGAAGAGAGAACUGUCACUUGGUGUGGAUUUGUAUUUCAUCUUCUUGGUGCCAACCUAGCAGAAAGUUUUGAAUGAAAUAAUUGGAUGGAAAACCCUUUAAUACACUAAAUAUAAAAAUAAAACAAUCGACAGCAACAGGUCGCGAGUUGGAUGCUAGAGACCUUCUGUUAACAUACAAACGUGUUCUGAUUUUCGUGAGGAAAAGGUGUGAGGUGCUUUUGUUUCAUAUUCAAAUGCAUAACCUUCUGUAAACUGUGCACGUUUUCUUUUGCAAUCUUGAACUUGUCCAGGGGAGUGUAAUUGGCUUCAAGAUUUGCCAAAAAUACAGAAACCAACAAGAAACUUGCAAAGCUCUCCCCGUUCAUCAACUUCUUAGUCUUCAAAGAAAACGAUUACUCUUAUUACUACUUUCUAUACCCUUGGAGAAAAGUGUUAUAAAAAUUGUUCUCGAAGAAAUCAACCAAAUCUUAGAUGGGAAUCUUUUUUAACAAAAUGGCAGUUACAAAUUAGGUACUCAUCGUAAUACGACAUCCCGAAGCGUGUUUUCCUUCAAAUACUUCUUUCAUUCAUGGUAGUUCUUCACCAAUAAAAGGGCCUAUCUUAGACUUGUCCAACUAACAAGUUUAGCGUUAUUUCUUAUGUUGAAUUAACCGAAAGAUAUGAUAUAUUGUGCCAGGAUGUAUGAGUUUGAGAUGUGAAAUGUAGAAACAGUUCUCAGACCUUUUAUUUUCUUUGCAUAGACUACUCGAUUUGUGCAUGUAUUGGUCAGUCGACACCGAUGCUAUUGCUUAGGGCAAUUAAAUAUUAAAAUAAAUUCUGCUCUUUUUUCGCCUUUAUGCCCUGCAUAACUGCCCAAGCAAACAAUACGUGAUACUUGCAGUUAAAUAACUUUGAUUUUAAGACGAGCAAAUACGAAACUUGCAAGGUGGAUGUCCUCAUCUAAUACAUGUUCUUUACUUGCCAGUAUUUUCGCAUUCAUUAAUUUCUCUACACAAAUCAAAUCCCUCAAGUGAGGUAACUCUCUGUGGGUAUAAAACUUUCCAUGCAGUUACUAGUACAAGGUCGCUCAGGAAAUCAAAUGGCCACUACUUUCCAAAUGUAUACAUCAAGCGAUGAAAAGUGAUCUCCUAUCGAACAGAAACGUCUCAUAGACGCUAAUAAUGAUCGCUUGCAAACGCACGAAUAAACUGAUACAAAUUUCGAAGUGCUUCCCUGUUUAAAUGAAAGUUAUCUGGUACUAUCUUUUGAAUAAGCCAUGAUCGUUAGCGGUAAUCAAUGGCUGCCUUCCAAUUUUACAAAUGAAUCUACACAAAAGUGAAUAGACAACGAAUGCUCUGACCAGUUGGCUGAAUAAAUUUGUCCAACACACACCAUUAUCCUUGAACUAAAAUGCCUGAUGUCAACAGAGAUGCAUUACAAACUGAUCUUCUCUCUAUCAAACAGCUCACUAAAAUCAUUGUUGUUCUUUCAGCAACUACCUUACAUCUAAUACAAAGGCGGUUUUGGGUAAGAGAUGAAAUUCAAGCGUGUGGAAAGUAUAACUUGCCCAAGGGAUAACAUCAUUCUUUAGAUUGAAAUUUUUACCGUAUCAUUUUCCGUGGAGAUUAGGAUAGAAAUACAUAUGGUUCCUAAUGUCAACCAGUUAGCCUUGAACAGUGCAAAAUGGAAAUAUCUCUGACAACAAAAUUCUCUUGUGUUGCGCAGAUGAGAAGUGCGAAUUAAGAAACCGAAACACAGAAGCUUUGUCAACUCAGUCAGGCCUUUAACUUUGCCAGCUUGGCCAUUCCGCCAAAACAAAUCAGAUUGUUUCAGUAAAAGCGAUCUGCUGUCGAACAGAAUUAGUUUUUGCAUAAAUUCAUCGAUGCCCAUAAUGACCACUAACGUACCAAUAAAGUUCUUAAGCUAUUCGAGUCCCCAACAUAAUUAAAAUUACGUCCAAUACAAUGUAUAUGUGUCGUGCAGGAAAGUUUUCUUUUUCUCAUUUGGCUUUUCUGAUGUAAAUCUGACGUAAUCAACCAAGAGUUUUAUUUAUUUAUUUUCAUCCAUUUAUUCAUUUAUUUAUUUAUUCAUUUAUUUCCUUUAACAUAAUUUAGUGCUCGUGAGGUGUUGUGUUGUAUUACAUCAGUUGCCACAAAAAUAUACACGUUGAAGCUCUGUCACUGCUUAUCCAUAAACAACAUGUCUGCUAAAACCUGAUACAGAAUAAUUUACAAGAAAGAUUUAAGGCUUGGAUUGCAUAUAGGGAGACUUGCCACUAAAAUAACAUUUAAGGUCUAUUCAAGCUAAAUUUAUAAUUUCAACAGUAUUUUUCCGCUUCCAGAUUCGUAAUGUUAUCGCUAUUUCAACUAUUCAUAUCAGUUUUGACUUCCUCUAAUAUUAAAGCAUUAUCAAAAUGACGAUAGGUACACCAUUGUCUCCGGUAAGACGCUCUGAAAGCUGAAAAUAAGCACUUCUUCAGGAAUUGAACGCAUGGAAGGGAAAUCAGCACAUAUCGCAAACUGAAAUGAUUGAAGACAACAGACUCGAAAGAUGACAGAUGCUAGGUUAAGACUGUAAACAAAGCCAGAGUUGCAGGUUGAUAUGUUGUGCAUGAUCAGUCAGUCUAGCCAUAGAUAUCCUGACAAAUUCACUCCAGGUUGUUCCAGUAACAAGCGUGUUGAUCUGUAGCAUGAUUUUACUUCCCUGUACCUGAAACAUGCCAUUAUCUGGGCGAAGAUCAAUGACUGCUUUUAAAUUUUAAAAUUAACCAAUACAGACAUGAAUAAACAGUGCCUGCUCUCUGCCCACUAAAUUCGUGCAAGAUAAUUACUAGGCUUGUAUAUAGUACUGCCCUCAAUUCAGGCUUUGCAAAUCAAGUUUCACACAAAGCUAGGGGAACAAUGUCAGUCCAUCAACCGUAAUUCAUGCCACUUAUGAUAUUAAUUCAUUUUCCCUAAAGCAUAAAAAAAUGUGUUGCGCAAAGGAAAGACGGAAAAUUGCUCUCACCUUAUUUAUCAGUCAAAUAUACUUUCACAAAUUUGAUCGCAAAGUAAGUACUAUAUACCCUUUAUGCUAUAAAGGUCUAAGAUUCACUUUUCAGCAUAGACAGCAAAACAUUACUUCCCACUUGUGGACAAGGGAACUUUCACAUUGUGGAGGCAGUAGAGGUAAAAGUCUGUCGUAGUGUAGUAAAUGUGGACCAAGCCGUCAAAAGCAAGAUAAGAAGUCUUGUAACAAACACAUUUGCACCUUUUCAAGAAGGGUAAAAUACGGACAAUCCAAGAAAGCUAAUUAGGACGAAUGGCUAUCAAGCUAUAUACAUAAAACGUUGUGCCCGCAAACAACCGUGAGGCCAUCACCAACUGCCACCUUACUUUCAGAAAAGUUAUUCACGUGUACUAAAGAAAACGCAAAACAAAACCGUCUGCAAAUGGUAAACUCAUCUAUUUAAAAGUUUUGAAAUAUUUUUUAACAGAUAUGAAAAUGUUUAAUGAAAGGAAAAAGGUUUGGAACCAACUAAAAUAUGCUGCAGCCAAAACAAAUAAAGCAAAUAUACACCUCGAUACGCCGAGGUGUUGCAAAACACAAGUUUGUAGAAGCUUUAUUUGUGGUCGUUUAAUCCUCACUGCCGUUUGUUAGAAUAAGUGACAGGCAAUAUUCAACGCACGAUUGCGGUUUCUUUCUGUGACCUUUCCAGGCGGAAAUUCUCAGUGCGCAUGAAACCGCAGAGAAUUAUCCACAGAAAUACAUACGGUUCCUAAUGUCACACAGUUAGCCUUUAACAGUUCGGUUUUCCCAACAUCGGAAACUAAACCUUAAAAGAAUCAUAAAAAAAUGAUUGAGACAAGAUUCGACACCAAACAGCGACGUAACGAUCACACGGUGACAAAACAACGUGGACGCGAAGUAAAACACAACAUAACCACAAAUUAUUGCUACUGCAAAAGACAGAAGAGGAUGUGGAUACCUUCGGACUUAUCUUGCAGAAGCGCAAGUUUUCGAGGCCCGAUGCAUCUGUGUUUUGUCGCCAAACAGCACUGCUCCACCAAAAGUUCACCUCACGUGAUCAUGAGCAUUCGUUUGCCCCAUCGCUAGAUUUAGGGCCAUGAGUAGAUUUUCCAAAAUUAAAUAAUUCAAGCAGCAUUCAGUUUCCUGAACAAGGAUAAAACCCUAACAAGGUUUGACUACGUGUUGUACGCAAGGCAUAUUGAGCUUAGUUGACUGGGUCACGAGAUCUAUUACUUAAUAUGAUGUUUUCGCGAUGAACAGAGUGACACUAAAGCAGGAAAAUCUACGUGGACUAACAUGUAUUAGAAUCUAAGAGCACCACAGCUACUUUCAGUACUUUUUGUACUAACAAGAACAACUAUCAAGUGAUCAUUACUGACCUUCUCCGACUCCCUUGCCCAAUGGAAGGAAUUGUCACUUGGUGUUGCUUCGUAUUUCACAAUCGUAGUGCCCCCCUAAUGCAAAGUUUUGACUGAAAAUCAUUGCAUCAAAAAAACGCUUUAAUUUACAGUUAAUAUUAAUCCAAAACCUGCAAGCUUAAAACAGAUUUGAGAGGAACGCAGGAAGCGUAGAGUUGAACAGGUCCAGAGUCAGAUGUCAGAACCCAUCUUCCCGACAUAAAUUCUAUUCAUAUUCGCUGACUUGCAUGAGAAAAAGGUGAAAAGUGCUUAUCGUCUUUCUUUAGAAAAAAUAAUCUUUUGUCAACUGAGCACCUUUUCUUGUGCAUUCAUGAGCUCAUUCAGAGCCAUAAUUGCACGAGUGAAACUGACCACUAGAUUUGUAAUAACAACGAAACCAAGCGAAAGAGACCUGUAGGGCUCUGUCCGUCCUUCAAGCUGUAAGCAAGUCUUCAAUAGAAGUUAUUAAGUUAUUACUCUUAUAGCUACUUUUUAAACCCUUGGAAAAACGUAUAUGCACAGAAGUGCCGUAGAAAUCAAGCAAGGAUUACAUGGGAAUGAUUCUAAACCACUGUUAUCAUCAUAAUAAGAUAUCCCAAAGCAUGUUCUUUUACGAUCGAUAACCCUUUAGCAGUGCAGAUGCAUGACUCUCUUAGACUUGUCCAACUACAAAUAUUACUUUAAAAUUUCUUUUAUACGCUAAAUGUACCGAAGGAGAUGUAUUCUCGCGCAAAUUUGUCUGGUUGCUAAAACACAGAAAAACCUCUAAGUCCUUUAAGUUCACUACAUUAUAUAGACUGCUGAUUUUGCAAUCAUUAAUGCAAUCAAUUUCUUUAAUCUAUUGUUUCCAACAGUUGAAGUUGAGAAUGAUUAUGUUAUUCUCUGGCCUUCUGCGCUUUGCACAAUUGCCACAACAAACAGACGGUUAUAAGUGGAGUAAAUACCUCUGACUUUCAGACGUGCAAGUAAAGUAACAUAAAACAUAAAACAGGUCUUGACAUUUAGGAGAUGUUCUUUAAGUGGCCCGUGUAGCUCUUUCUACAAAAUAGACUACUUUCUUUCCUCAGUCGAUCUUUGGACUUCUUUCCGCUUUAUGUGCAAAUAUCAAACGACACGAAGGUCACCUGAAGCAAGUCUCGGAUAAAUCAAUUGUAGAAAUCAAAUGUUUGCAAUAAUAGAAAAUUCUUCAUACCCGAAGAGAAAGUACCUUCAGGUGUAUUAACGUAAUAGCCAACCAAAGAUUUCAUUAGAUAGAAACAAAAUGACGGUGGAAAUAGUUCUGCAAAGAGGAAUCAUAACGUCUUUGUCCUGCAUCAUCCCUUCCCACAGCACGCCUUUUAAGUUCAGGGAUAAUUACUUUAAUUGACACGUACCGGAUACAUUUGUUCAACAAACUGGAAAUGGCAUUCCCUACUCAGGUUUGUGUUGCUUCAUUUCUGAGCUUGGAAGGCAAAUACAGAUUUUCGCCAAAGAUCAUGGCUUACAUGAAAUACCUUACGAAUAUGUAUGCUUGUGUCACUUAGACUGGUCUCGCGUCUUUCGUUUUUCAGUUUUAGUUUCGUCUAGUGUCUUUCAGCGUGCAAUCCUUUUCGUCUCAGUUUGGGCGUUGUAACGUUUCUAGAGUCCAUUUAUUUGUGUUCCUUAGCGCAGAGCCCUUAGGAUGCGUGAUAUCAAGGAGAUAGCAUUGAAAACUGAUCGGCACUCCAUCCAAGAUCACUGACAUUAAUAUCAUUCUUAAGCUUUCACAAAUUCCCGUAAUAAAUAAAUGUAAGAUCAACUAAAGGCUUUCUGUUAGCAAAAGAAUUGCGAUCCACAGUUCUUGGUAGUAUUCAAAGCGAAAUGAAACGAUCUCUCCCAUUGCCGCCAAAAGAUGUAUAUUGAGAAACAUGGAAGGUUUCCGCAACACAUACAGCUCUUAACAUUUGAUCAGCUUUCCUUUGCUUCACAGGUUAUAGUGAGUUGUUCUUCCUAAGUGCACAAGUGAUCUGCUGUCAAUUGGAAACGUUUCUUCCAUAAGCUUAUCGAGUGCAACAACGGCUUCUAAAUGUAGAAUGAUUUCAUAAAGUGUGCUUCAGUGUAUUAUUGUCUCCAACCUAAUAUAUUUCUGUCCUUUACCGAUCCUUCGAUGAAAGUUAUGUCUUAUACGAUGACGCACAAGCCAGUUUUCGUUCUUUUUGGCGAGGUCUUGGCGAAGAUGGCUCAUAAGGUGUGAUUCAGUGUUAAAUCUGUUGACCCCCAAAAAAGACACGCUGAGGCUGUGUCCUUGCUUAUCCAAAAACGACAAGUCUACCUAAACCUGAUAUGGAAUAAUAUAUUAGAAUGAUUUAGGCCGAAUGAGCCACGUACAAGAAGAUCUGUAUUGCCAUUUAAGGCGAAUUAUCGUGCUUCUAUUACAAUCGCUUCAGGUGCCCGUGAUAUUUAGGGAAUAUCACACUGACGAUUGAAGCAAGCUCAAAGCUUAACCACGCUUCGAAGGUUGAUAAUAAUCACAAAUGCAUCUCGAACGCAUGGAAGAAGACUCAAACAUACCAGAAACGGAGAUACUUUGAAGAAAAAAUGGCUCAGAGGAGAAAAUACUGGCUUAAAGCUACACAAACUUUAAAAAGAGGUAAAUACGCUGGUAUGCAGCAAGGUGAAGCGACUUGCAAGACCAGUCAGUUAACCACCGAUAUGCUGCCUCAAUCAUUGUUCUCCCAAUGAAAAUCAUGUCCCUCUGCAGCACGACUUCACUAUUUUGCAUUUACAGGCCACAAUCCUCGGCCAAAAUAAGUGACUGCCUUCAAAUUCUAACAUAAAGCGAAACAAGCUAGCGUAAACUUAAAAGAGACAAUGCCUGAUCUAUUUCUACCAACCUACGAAAUAAAAGCUAAUCAGUAGCCUUGCUCAUUCUAAAGCCUUAAUUUUAAGUCACACUGAAAUGGAAUCUCUGUUUUCAGUCCAUUCAUUGUAACCCAUGGUCCACUUAUGGUUUCAAAUCAAUAUCCCUGAACUACUACAAAAUUGCCUCAUUCCCUCGAAUUGUUGAAAGAAUUGAGAUCCACUUUUUGGGACAGACAGUAAAAUGAAAGUGAUAUUACCCGUUAUACGCUGUGCAAAGAUUGCAACGGUUCAGCUUAAAUCUGAAACAAGGCCGAGACAAAAGGUCUCCUUUAACUGUACGACUUCUGAAGGUUAUCUUUUGUCGUAAUGAAAUGUUACCCUAUCAUUUUUGAGAGAAGAUUUCAGAUACAUAAAACUCUCUUACUUCAAACGGAUAGCUUUUCAACAAUUAAGGUGGAAAACUAGAAUAUUCGUGAUGAAUUCAAUGUGCAAACUCUCUUGUGUGAACUUUAGAUUAAUGGACAGAGGAAUUUAAAAUGUCAAAUAGAUAAAAAGCAAAAUCACUUGAAGUAAACAUUGAUGUCUAGAUUAUGGUUAUUUGCCCCGUACUAUUAUAAUUUCGCGAUUGUAGGCAAAGGCUGUUUCACAUUAUGCCGUCAGUGGAGGUAACUGUACGUGCCAACAAUACCAUUUGCACCAAACAUCCAUGGAGUACCCAACAAAGCUAAUAUAGGACGAAUAGCAAUCCAACCAGACAUAUACCACGGUAUAUCCAAGGAGAACCGUGACGCCACCGCGAAAGGUUCAGUCGUUGUUGUUGUUUAGCCAGAUCACUUUCAGAAAAUUUAUGUUGCAAAUUGUAGCCAUCUUUUCCACAAAAUAGAAAUGUAACAGCAUAGCAUAGCUUGUGGCCCCAGCCUAUCGAUUUAGGUCAUCUAAGGAUCAAUAUCAUUGUGUUACCAGUUAUGAACCAGAACUCUAGCUAGCAUAGUUUCGAUCUUUGUUGACAAUGAAUGCUUCUUCUCGUGUUCAAAAAAACAGAGGCAUACCCAAAACUUGAAAAUGGCUUCACUGUCCAACAAAGGACUUGCGUGAUAAAAUAACAGCUAUAAAUGUAAGUAUUCACCCACGUUUUGGGUUCCGCAAUAAAGGCGACACGAACGAGAAAAACUGACGAACUCGGUCCACUAUUAUUAUGAUUUCGUGCCUCAGUAAUCCCAUGCCCUGUUUGAAGAUAAAUUUGUCUUUUUCCCUCCAUUUUCUAUCUUUGGGGCAUUACCAAUUUCUCUCACUUUUCUUUACCAAAGACCUAACCAUAAUCUAUCUCUUCUUUACAGAAAUUGCCUAAUCAGAGGGAAAUUACUUGGAUUAAAAUCCGGGAGGUUUUCUAGCAGAGAAAAGUGAAUUAUGUUCCAAUUCGUGUUCUGAAUGACGAACGGAAAACAAAGAAUCGACCCAGUUGAUCUCGUAGAUGAGAUAGUGUGUACACACUGUAAUGCAAACUUCAUCGCACAAAUGUUUUACUACUGAUCUAUUACCUGCACACUCCAUGGGUUGAUCUCAAAAUCCUAGGUGCCUCUGCUUACUUAGCUAAGCUUUCGUUGGUCAGUUAACUAACAUUGUUCUGCACAUAAUAUUUUACCAUGAUUAGAUAACCCCCGUGUAACUCUCCUCACCUUACGUAAAUGGCCAUAUAAAUAAUUCGCAGUCAAAUUCAUUCGGUAGAGAAACCCACCGCAAAUACAUUCGAAGUAACAUUUCCACGCAGUGCUUUGUAGAACUAACUACGUUGGUAAAUUAAGUGGAAUGCUUGAAAUAAGACAAUAAGUUGCUUACCCGACUAAAAUAUGGGUACGGUUGAAUGGAAGCAGACAGGCUCCAAACAUGAGGAACAUGUUCCAAUUUCUGGCUGAGUCAGUGAAGCGAAAUCGAUUUAAUAAUUAUUUUCACUCUAUUCUAUACAGUUGUAGUUUAGAAUCAAAUAGCCCCAUGCAUGUUUGGUCUUUAACGCCUUGCAUAACUGCCUAAACAAACAAUAAGUCAUAUCUGGAGUAAAUAACCGAAUCAGAAACGUGAAAAGAGUCCUUAUCCAUCAAAAGUUUAUAGUUUCACCUAAAUACAAAUCAGAUUCCUUUAACAUGAAUUUCUGUAGCUAUGAAUCCCUUGCAUUCAUCGCCAUGUCGUUAAGGGAGUCAAAUGGCCGCUGAUUUCCAAAUGCAUAAAUCAGUCGAUAAAAGUUCAAAGUCAUCUCUCUUGUUUCGGAAAUUAAGAAAACUGUGCUUUCUUAGUCGAUCCUUGGACCUAACUUACGUCUGAUUUUCUAGUCGUACAAAAUGAACUAUCAGUCGUCAAGAACGUGGAAGAUGACUGAAGAUGUCCUCAGCUGACGAACGUGUUGAAUAAAUCAGUUGUGGUCUCGAUGCGCUUACAAUAAUAUGAAGUCUUCGUGCCCGGAGAAAACGUUCGUUUAGGUAUAUGAAAGUAUAAAGUCGACUAAAGAGAUAUAGUUUGAGACAUUUCCACUUAAAACUGAUUUUAUAGUGUUUCGUGGGAAAAACUCUGGGAUCACCGGCCAUUGACGAAGAUAUAGAGCAAUCGAGCCUAAAGAGCCUAUUUUUCCAGAAGAACAUGGGUAAUUCUAUGGCUAGGAAAACUGUUCACAUCAUUUCCUCAAUGCCGAAUAUUAGAUUGCAUUAAAAUGACGAUGGAAGUAAAUUUUCUAUAAGGCAUUCAACAAUCAUAUCCUGCAUCAUCUCAUGCAGCCCUCUUUAAGAGCUUUGUCAAUAUCUCUUAUCAAAAAACUUAAAAUAUCCCAUAACAAAAAUGCCCAAAAACGAAUGGAUCGCAAGCAGAAAUACACCAGACGAAGCUAAAACUGAAAAACACUGAAAGACGAGAGAUGCCAGCUUCGACUAAAUGCAAGCCAGAAGGUGGCCUCAGUCCGUGAAAGUGAAUGAUGAGAAUCAUUUUUUGUAUCUGUUGAUUUAAGUUAUCUGUUGAUGUAUUUGACGUAUAAACCAUGAUCUUUCCAGAACGCAGUUUUUGCCCGCUUUCUUAAAUUUCACGAAUGAAGCAACGCAAAUCUGAAUGGAGCAUGCCAUGUCCAGUUUGUUUAAUAAAUCUAUCCAGUACAAAUCAUUAUCCCCGAAGUAAAAAGGCCUGACGUAAACAAGAGAAGCAUUAUUUGAAACAAACUCUACUUUAUCCAAGUUUAACUCACUAAGACCAUUGUUGCUCCUUCACAAAUUCCCGUAACAAGGGUCAAAAUAAGCUGAAUUUCAACAUCGAACUUUUAAUUUUGAGAAGAGUUGCGACUUAGUUCUUGGUAUACACAUUACGGAACGAAAAUUGAACACGUUACUUGGGUUCAAAAUUGACCCCCUCCAAUUGUACGAAUGAACUGUUAACUUUAGUUUCAUGCUCCAACAGAAACGUAUGUUUGAUAUGAUGUGCUGUAAGCCAGUUUUCUAUCUUUCUUUUGGCUUUCCUGAUGCAAAUCCUGCAAAUUCAACCGAUGAGUUUAUUCGUUGCAUGCACUUCCCUCGGCAAAGGUCCAUGCUUAUUGUUACUGAAGAAAAAUUAAAAGACCGUUCAAGGAAGAGUUUCCGUUGGUAGGUCCGAAUCAAGGGCACCCAACGACUGUUUACUGUGAAAUAUCUGUUCGGAGAAGCAAAUAUGGCCGAGCAUUUUCUAUUACUUGAGGACGGCUAAAAUUUCUAGAUGACUGUUCCCACUCAUGUACAGUUUUCGAAGCUAAUAUCUAAUAGAAUCCCUACGAUUUUCUCACGUUUAAUUUUCACAUUUCACUUCCCAAGUCAGGCUAUUUUCGUAGAGAAAACGAAACCUAAAAUUUUCGGACUUAAAAAUGCAAUGAAGAGAGACAUUAGAAAAUGUCUCACUUUCGUAACCGGUCAAAUUGCAUCUAAAAUUUUCCAAAAAAUAAUAAUUAAAGCACUUGUAAUUUCGAAAAGACUCAAGUUUCCCCAGGAUGACCGAACAGAUACAAAUAAUAUUCUAUAGCGCCGCUUAUAAUGCAUUUCUAGACAUCUAAAAGUACUCCGGACAGCCUAAUAAGUGUUAUCAAUGCAUUUAAGAGGAAACCGUCGUUGGGUACCCCUGAGUGCAUAAUAGAUAAAUACCUCUUCACGAAAACGCAUAAGAUGUGCGCAUCAAAAACAGUUCUAGAAGAUUUCCUCAUCUCAGAUUUUAAGAUUGAUCAGCUUUUCUUUGCUUGGCCAAUUUUAGUGCAUUAAUUAGUUGUUUUCUACUACAAACGAGAUUCUUCUGGUAAAAGUGAUCUUCUGUCGAUUGAAAAAGUUUCUUUCAUAAAUUCAUCGGUUGCAAAAUUGGCCGCCUCCAAUUGUACGACUAGUUUCAUGAUCCAACAGAAUAAAUAUCUCUCCUUUCUUGAACCUUGGACUAAACGUAUGUCUGAUAUGAUGUCCUAUGAGCCACUUUUCUUUUUUUCUUUUGGCAUUCCUGAUGCAAAUCCUUCAAAUUCAGCCGAUUAGUUUAUUUAAUUCAUGCACUUCUCUCGGCAUAGCCCAUGCUUGUUGUUAUUGAAGAAAAUUUAUAGGGCUAUUCAAGUAAGCGUUUCCGCUUGUAGGUUCGUAUUGUUAUCGGCAUUACAGCUAUGUAUGUUGGUUCAACCUCCCAAUAAUAUGAUGGUAGCAUGACAAUGGCGAUAGGCCUAUUACUUUUCAGAGCACGCUUCGAAGGCUGCGUAUAGACACAAUGUAUCUCGCUUACAUGAAAGAAAACUCAAAACCUACCAAGAUACAUAACGACAAAGUCGCUCAGAAGUUUAUAGCUACGUACAGACUUCAAAACAAAACUGAAAUACGCCUGUAAGUUUCUGGUUAAUUUGUUGCGCAAGGCCAGCUGUCAGUCUAUAGGCACUGAUAAUGCUGCCUCGAUCACUGAUGGUUAAUUGUGUCAGUGGGAAGCAUGUUCAUCUGUAGCAUGUCUCCACCAUAAAAUAUGGUUAGCAUAAGCAAUGAUCUUUGGUGGAAAUCAAAGACUGCCUUUUAAUUUUAAAAUUAAGUAAUCUGUGUUUGUGUGAGAAGACAAUGCCUCUUGUCUCUUUCCACUAAACUCAUAAAAACUAAUCCUAGGCUUGCAAAUAGUAAUACUUCAAUUUGACUGAGGUUUGCAAAUUAAGUCACUAACAUUGGAACACUGUUUCGGUCUAUCCACUGCAAUUCAUGGGUUCAUGGUAUCAAAUUAUUUCCCCUGAACUAUCAAGAAAAUGUCUCAGUUAUGUUGAAGCAAGGAAGGUCACGCUGGAACAUUACUCUCACUCCACUUAUCCGCACUCAUCUUUUUUCAUAAAUUCCCCAUAGUAACGUGGAAUUUUUUCACAUCAGUUUUGCAGCCAGUAGAGCUAGCUGUAUUUUACGGUAACAAUAACAAAAAUUUUUAUUGUACCCCGAAAGCGGUGCUGCAGUUCUGAUCCAUUCCGUCAAUAGAAAGAUUAGACACCAUAAGAUAGCCACAUCUAUUCUUGACUUUGUUUACAACGAGUAAAUAUAUAGAUCAAACUAGAAAGCUUAUCAGGAGGAAUGGCUAUCGAACCAAAUAGUUAUAAAGCACGUUGAGCCACAUACAACUGAACCAACGAACUAUAUUCAGUUGUUGUUGUCGUUUUCUUAACCGGUUUACUUUCAGAAAUUCUCUUUUUCUAAUCGCGGCUAUUUUGCGGACAAAAUGAACACUAACAAAGCGCAGGAAAGAGUGUACUUGCAAGUCAUGAUGUAUGCCAUGUACCUAUCUGUAAUGUACAUUUGUUAUCAGUUAAAGUAAUAAACUAGUAAUUUGCUUCGUAAUUAUUACGUUCUUUGUUGACGAUUCAUUCUUGUAGUUCUCGAGAUCUAAAAUGAAGGCUUACAAAAAAAGUGAAAAGAUGACUUCCCUGUCUAUCAAUCACUUCCUAUGACAAAAGACUUAAUCCGUAAAAUAAUGAUUAUAUAAUUGUGUCUGUUACGUUUCACCUACGUCUUAGGUUCUACAAAAACUGAGAACGACACAAUUAAUCGACCAAAACUAAUCUCGAUCCACGUAAGGUUAAGAUUUUGUGCAGCCAGAGUUACCAUGGCCAUAGAUAAUUAAUUUGUCUUAUACAACUCGUUUUCCUUUUUGUCGGAAAAUGGCCAAUUCCUCUUACUCUAACCAUGAUCAAUCGCUUCUUUUUAAAAUUUCCGUGAUUCUGUCAGUGAAGCUUUUCAGCAAGAUGAGAAGAAUUACGUUCCAAAUUGUGAAUCUACACAAAUUGAUCAGGGAGAUUGAGUGGUGUGUGGUAGAAGUCUUUUUGGUUCUGUAGACACUGUAAUGCCAAAUGUCCUGGCACAAAAUGCUCACUGAUUUAGUUACUAGCAUACUUUAUUGAUCUGAAGUGCUACAAAGCUCGAAAUAGAUUGAUCUCAAAAUCCUAGGUUUGAUUUUGAUAGUCCUACGUGACUCAUAGCCUCCACAGUGCAACUUGCCGAUUGAAUUGAUUAAAAACAUGUUACUCCUUGAAGAAUAGAGCAAACCAUUCGAAGGCAACGCACAGAACUGACAGUGUUGCUCACUCAAUGCCACAUGCUUAUCUAGCUAAGCUUAGUCCACGAAUGUUGUGCGGAAAUUUGCACAUGUUUUCGGAUAUUUUCUCAAGACUGGAAAACCCCCGUGUAACUGUCAUGACCUUAACUAAAUGUCAAAAUUUAAAAUGUCAGAAACAUUGUUCGCGGUCAGACAUUCAUUACUCAGACAUUAUUGAGAAUUAUUUACCACUAAAAAAGAAAGUUCCAACGCUGUACAUGCUUUAUAGAAAUGCGAGAAUGCUUGAAAUAAGACAUAGCAACUUGCUCGGCGAGUUGAAAUAAUGAGUUGAAUUGGGGCAGAUAGGCCCAGCAGACAAUCCUACGAAGUGAGGAGAAAAUGUUCUUAAUUACGCGAUACGGCAUGACCAAAUGAUCUUCGAUAUGCAAAUGGCAAGUUUGAGACAUCAGAUUUCUUCAGCAAGCAAGUUGUAUAACAUUUUUACAUGUACGAAAACAAAGCGUAACGCUGAUCAGUUACCGAGUUCGUUAUCUGCUACCUAAAAAUAACAACGAGGUUAAUAUAAAUGCUUAAUGGACUUCACAAUAUUUCAGUUACAACCUGCUUGUUCCGAAUGACGAAACUCUAAACUGCAAACGGGAGACCAGUUGAAAGUCCCCGAAAUACCCAGACCGAAAUAAAAUGGUAGAAGGAAAAGGGUUUUUAGGAUCUGUAACGUGAUACGAACAAAGAGUCUGGCAUCAAUAUGUCAGAGGGUCACUUAUUUACUUUAGCACAAAUUCAAAUUUUGGGCAUCAUCCAUAGAUAUAAUAUGUCCAUAACUACAAUACUAGAUAUGCAACCAAUCAAAACUUUAUAUAAACCUCGUGUUAGAACGAAUACUGGCAAGCAGAUGAUUUCAUUUAAGGCAAUAGAUCUUUGGAAAAGCAUUCCACAAUACCUUGAAGAACUGAAUGAGUAAGCUGAAUCAAAAAAACAAAUAUCAUCUACUGACCGAACAAUACUUGUCGAAACCUAGCACUACCUAGUUCUGCCUAGGCUCACUUCUUCUCAAACUUGUCCGUAUUACUUUUUUAAAUAAAUCUUUUGUAUUUUGUUUAAUUGUUAUCAAUUGUAUUAAUCUGAUUAAUUGUUCUUUUCCUUUCUUUUCUUUUGUUUUAUUAUUGUUUAUUUAUUUAAUUUUGCUCUUACUGGUUCAUCGCCUGUAUCAUUUUAAACAUAAUUGGUAUGACGGUCGCUAACUUAAAAACCUAAUGAUUCACUUGGCCAUCAUACUCAAACGUUCAUAUUAAUUCUAUAGCAACAUUUUCCUGUAAACAUAAAUCUGUGAAGUCUGUAACCUAGCAUUAGUCAAAAUAUUGAGGGAAAAUCAGCUGAACUGAACAUCCCUAUGCAGAGUAUUUCUACACUCUUGAAUGGUUAUUACACUAAUCGAAAAUACGGACGAAGAAACAUUAAAAUACAACCGAAACCACAAUCACUGCCAAUCACCACUCAAUGCUGCCAACAGAUUUCGUGACAAAACAAUGUACUAUAAUAUUCAAGAUACGCGAAGUGGUAUCCUUAUGUUUCCGUUUCAAAAAUUCCAAACAAACAAGUUUAGUUCUCAAGAAGUUAAAGUAAGACCCUUUCUAAACAAUGAUCACUAAGAGGUACGGAACGUUUGUACCAUUGCACAUCGUGAACUACUGCAUGCACUGUUUAUCCCCUACGUACAAGAGUGUGUUUUCUUUUGACCUCUGUUGUAUGAUUCUGACAAGCACCGAAAUAUGUCAUGAGAAGUGAGGGGCAAGGAUGGGGGUGCUUACUAAUCUGAGUGUGCACUUUCUAAUUAAAACAAUUUUUCCUUGGUUAAUGAUUGAAACAACCAUAAAGUCCGUGUUCGAUAAUAACAACUUUAAGUAGCGUUUGAAAAGACUUUCUAUGUUUGGAAAUGUAAAUGCCCAGCGUGAUGUCAUAUAGCCAGAAAUGUAUUUUGAUUGCUAGUCUUUUUUACCACUGAGCGAUCUACCAACGAAUUGGUAGUCAAAAAAAAGCUAGUAUAUGACAGAAAAUAGUUACUAAAACACUUGCAGUAGGCUGAUUUCAGCUAAAACCGUUUUGAAAGGAAGUUCACAGGUGGUCAAUGUAUAAGUUUUAACGGGUCUUUGCUUCAUCAAUUGUAUUCCAGAAACCUUUCGCUCCAUAUUUUGAAAUAUCGCAAAAGAAGGGAAAAUAACAGCCCUUAUUUCUCAACAAAUAAUAAAAAAAGAAUUAAAUAUAAAGUAUUAUAUCGAGCAGUGCACGUCUUCAGGGUUUUCACGCUGUAACCGCGUUAAAUAUGGCGACCAAGAAGUGAAUUCAGAAAUACAAGAAAUACAUUGAAGCCUUACUACCAUUUGUACCUGUCUCUAAGUAAUUGGUACAUACCUAGAGCAGGCGCUUGGACUUUAAUUUAUUCAGCUGACUACUCCUCAGGUUCACCAGGACUCAAAACACUGAAACAAAUGAACUGUAGUUAAUUAAACAAAGCGAUCCCUCGGUAUGCAAAUGGCUCAAACCAAACGAACAGAUCUUUUUGCCAAUGGAGUCAUUUUAAAACUACCAUUAGAAUUUUUUCUCUUUUCCUCCCAUUCAAAUUCAUUUGCCCAAGUGACAAGCCUAAUUUAGGCACAGAAAACGAAAUCCUGAAGCACUCUGGUUACUGAAGCGUAAUCGACUGUAAAAUGACGCCAUGAUGAAAACAGCUUUUACACGUUCUGUUCUAAGAAUUGUCUUUUUACCUGUUGUAUUUAGCUGUGUGAACAACUGGGGAAAACCAGUAUGCACUUCGUUAACACUGUGCAAUUUAAAAAAGCCGUGGAAAUCAGCUUAUCCUUUAAAAUGUGCUUUCGCAAACUGACAUAGUCAUUCAGCGGCGGUCGUGUGUAUUUGGAUUUGGGUGUGGGUGGUUGGUGGGGGAUUGUUUCGCACAGUGUCUGUUUUGACAGCAGCAAUCGUGGCAAAAAGAAUCCAACAAUAGAUUAAUAUGCCUUAUAUUAUUCGACAAAUUUGCUUACCAGUUAAAAACCAGAUUUCAGCUGCAUGUUCAACUGUGAAAAUAUUAUUCCAGUAAGACUUGUAGCCCUCCUCGUUUACGAUUAUGAUUUAUUAAGUUGCAUGUAAACGAAAGGUCACGAGUUCAUAAACUUAGAACGACGGCAGUCGAAAACUGAUCUGCAACUGGGCAGGAGGGAAGGGGGGGUUGCUCAAAAGUUUGAAAGGGACUAGAAGGUACCAUAUUCGGUAUUUUUAUUGCUGAUUUAGUCUGUUUGGUCAAUUAAGAUGGCCUUAAAUUUAUCUUUUCAUCCAUGCCUCCUUACAGCUGUUCUGCUUGUCUAGUCUACGGCUUAAGGUGUUAUUUUAUUGGUGUUUAUGUCGGUUCUCUGACCAAUCAGAAAAGUGCACCUAAUCCUAUCGGUUCUGUACUGCAAUCCGUGAAUCCUUGAACAUUUUUUUUUCGCUAUUUGUAUUUUAAUGACGCUUUCUAAUUUCUUUUUUCUUGUUUGUUAAUGUAAUUCUAUAUUCUUAAUGUAAAGAUAAUUACUCUGAGAUGCAUAGACCGUAUGAAUACCAUCCUGUUUACAAAUAGUUUUACUUUUAACUUGACAUUACUUUUCAUUACACCCGAUAAGAUAAACCUCCCACAAAAACGUAAAAAUAUUGCAUUUACGUACCCUUAGGAAAAAUAAUACUAUGUAGAUAUCUGCUGUAUUCAAAGGCAUAAUGGCGUUUUACCUGAGGAAUGAUUUAUUACAAAAGCCACUAAUUUUUCGCUGAUGCUAACUUCAAAAGAUAAUUUACAGGGUGGGCGUGUGAUAAGGCAAUAUUGGGAAAGUCUGUAAUACAGGCAACUAAAGUCAAUUAAAAAGUACGUUCCUACGCGGGUGCUUUGACGUUCGUUCUCAUGCAAUGUGUCAGUAUUAAUGUUUGUUCUUUGUUUGUUUUUCUUAUUUAGAUGAAUCACCCCAGUCCUUCUCCAGGUGUCGAGCAUAACACGAUGAGUGUUUCCUCUGAGCGAAGACCAUUAUACAGACUCACUUCAGUUAAAGAAGAGCGUACAGAAGAGGAACUGAAUAGCUUAAGUAAUCUGGCAAAGCAAGUAGUAUUCAGUUUUCAAUCUAAAACUAACAGUGCCCAUAUUGGCCAAGAAUGCCCCAUCAAUUGUCCGUGUAAAUGCCACCUGCCAUCUCCAAUCCCAGUUGUGAAUGAGUAUCGGCCUUCUGUGAUAAUGGCUCCAGUGGCCAGAGAGCAAAGGGGAUCGUCUGUGACACAUUUCCCGCUUAGGAUGCAGGUAAACUAUAAAAUAAGUGAGGGUCGCAUUACACCAACUCCUCGGUAUGGAAAGGACUUUUGUAUACCCAGUGCCAUAUCAUCCGGCUAUACCAUGCUGAUGCCGUUCCUAAUGAAGACGAAACAGCUGUCUAUGGCUGCCACUGCCUGGUUAAUAUGGUCGUGCGCAUGCGUAAGGUACUGGCCAUACGGCGGAGUU